AGUGAGUUCCAGGACAACAGGGCUACACAGAGAGACCCUGUCUCCCAUAAACAAACAAACAAACAAAUAAUUUUAGAAAGUGCUUCUGGAACGAAUCUGGCAACCACUGAGCAGAAUGGAAGAUCCCUGUACCUCAGCUUCCUUCCCAGGUACUCACUCCUACCGGCGGGGAGCACGAGAAGCAGGCGUCUGUGUUGCGGUUUGUCACCAGGGGCGCCAGAGCCGAUGUUCUAGGUCUGCGAAGGUAUCUGUAGCCUACUUGACAUUUGUGCUGGGGAAUUUGACCAAUUGAGGACUAGACUGCGGAAUGAACAGGGAGUUGGCUCCACCCUCAGCCAGAGGAGCCCCGCCUCUCCCUUAGCCUGACCCCUGCGCAAAGCAUGCUGGUAGCCAAUGGCUGCGCGCAGGCCCAUCACGCUCAGAUUUGUUCCUCUGCGUUUUCUCCCAACUUCGGUACUUCCGGGAUAUUGGGGGCCCCCGGUGCGCACUCGGGAUCCCGACCUGAUUGUUCCUGACUCUAUGUAGACGGACUAGACCGUGACUCUCCACCCCGAGCCAUCUGCUGAACCACGAGCUGGCCAUGCAUGGGAAGCUGCUGCUGCUGGCCGGCCUCUAUCUUGUGCAGGGUCUGCCCUAUGGACUGCAGUCCAGCUUGCUGCCCAUUUUACUGCGGGGCCACGGUCUCUCCCUGACGCGUGUGGGUCUGACCAAGGGGUUGUAUGUUCCAUGGCUGUUAAAACUGGCGUGGGCGCCACUGGUGGACAGGCGGGGCUCCCCUCGGGUCUGGUUAACACUCAGCACAGUGGCCCUGGGCCUGGUGUGUGGACUGCUGGCCGUGUUGCCUCCCCCACAAGCUGGCCAGGCAGGGCUGCCCAUCAUCAUGAUGGGGCUGCUGCUGCUGCUGAAUCUGGGCGCAGCGGUGCAGGACGUGGCCCUGGACACAGUCGCUGUGCAGCUGCUGGAGCCAAAGGAGCUGGGAGCUGGGAACACUGUACAGGUGGUGGCUUACAAGCUGGGGUCAGCACUGGCUGGGGGUGGGCUGCUGGUCCUCUUCCCGACCCUGUCCUGGCCAUGGCUUUUUCUGCUCCUAGCUGCCACCUACUGGCUGGCUGCUGCCUUAGCCUGGGCUGCACCAGCCUGGGGACAGCUGCCUUGGCCUCAGGUCUCAGAGCAAACCACCCCCACGUCCUAUCUCCUACAAGAUUUGCUGGCUGUGCCUGGGACCCUCUGGACAGCAGGCUUCGUGCUCACCUACAAGCUGGGUGAGCAGGGAGCUGGCAGCUUGUUCCCACUUCUCCUGAUGGACCACGGUGCUUCUGCCUCAGACCUGGGGCUAUGGAGUGGCUUGGGCGCUGUGACCUGCUCCAUUGCCGGCUCCUCUUUAGGUGGGGCGCUGCUGGCCAGGCACUGGCAGCCUCUCCCCCUCCUGAGGUCAGUGCUGCGGCUACGCCUUGGGAGUCUGGCCUGCCAGACGGCUCUGCUUUUCUACCUCAGUACCCCAGGGGCCAGUCUGGACCCUGGCACAAUCACGAGAGGGACAGCUUUCCUGAGCCUGUGCCUACAGCAGUUUCUGGGCGGUGUGGUCACCACCGCCACCUUCACCGUGAUGAUGCACUGCAGCCAGCUGGCACCCAGAGCCCUGCAGGCCACGCAUUACAGCCUCCUGGCCACUCUGGAACUGCUGGGCAAGCUGCUACCAGGCACCCUGGCUGGGGUGCUGGCUGAUGGCCUGGGCCCGCACCUCUGCUUUGCCGCCUUCCUUGUCCUCUCAGGGCUGCCCAUUCUGGAUCUCAGCCUGGCACCCAGCAACCUGACCUGAGCUGUCCGUAAAG